CAUCUUCAUUGGGGAUCCUACACUCAACAGAUAACAUACAAAGGGAGCAUAGUCCUUGGAUUCUGAGGAGGAAUCUUUGAUAUUGCAACAAAAGUAUCAGAGUUAUAGCUCACCAAACAUUUGUUCAUCCAGUCUUGGAAUAUGCACAUUGUGUGUGGAGUCCUUAUAUGGUGAGAUUGAAGCAAUCCAAACAUGUGCUGCACGAUCCUGCACAAAUCAGUAUGGGAAAUACACCAGGUCCCAUCAAAGAUUUGGAAUGGAAUCGCUACAGAAAAGGAGGGAGAAAAAUAGACUGACCAUGUUGUAUACCAUAUGGAUUGGACUGGUGGGAAUUGACGAACAAGUACCUGGUGUCCUCCGGCAAUGACAAAACACAAGUUUCAGCACUCACAACAGAGUUUCUUCCUUUUGUGAGAAUGGGGCAGUUUUUUACCAGAUUACCAGAAGCACAUCGAGAUGCUGCUUUGCAUUUUAUUCGCAACCAAGUUGUACAAAAUUGUGUAGUUAUAUUUUCCAAGACCUACUGCCCUUAUUGUAUGAAGGCAAAGAGCAUCUUUGAAGAAAUAGGAGCCAAUUUCAAGGCAAUUGAACUGGAUCAGCGUAAGGAUGGUGACCACAUUCAAAAUACUCUUGAGGAAUUGACUGGCAUUAGGACAGUUCCAAGAGUAUUUGUAAAUGGAAAAUGCAUUGGUGGCGCUAUGGACACACACAAGCUCCAUUCAAGUGGUAAACUGCUGCCUUUAGUGUUACGGUGUUCUCCACCUUGCAAAUGGGAUGAAAGCUAUUACCUUCAUCGUUCUCAUUAAUAUUGAACCUGCAUUUUUCUAACUGCUUGCUGCUUUUGAAAUAAAUCAUGGCGUUUCAGUGUUGUGCCAGAUUACUUGUAUUCACAUAGACACAGAUCUUCCAGUCUCUGGAUAGUUAUAUCCCAGAGGUACCCUGGAAGCUGUACUGGGGGACCCCUCAGAAGUCUGCACACAAGGACUGCAUGGGAAUUUCCCAACAAGUUUCAACCCCCAAUCACCUCUCAAUGCCCCAACUAUCCCCAACUCCACCCUGACCACAUCACCCACCCUACUUUCUCACCCACUUUCUUUCUCUCCUAGCUUGGCAAAGUGGCUAGGAUGUGUGAACUUACUAGCAGCUAGUGCCAUAAAAAGGGGACGUGGCUUCAUUUCUGCCAACGAUCUUGCACUGCACUGAAGGACUCCAGCUCCAGCUACACUGCACUGCACAUUUCUCAGGAGGGCCAGUUUGGAAGUGCAGGCGAAAAAUGUGGAGCUCCAGUCCAAGAUAAGA